AUGACAGUAAUGGAUUACGACUUUUCAAAGUGGCGUGAGUUGUUUUUUAAGCAACUCCUAUUACCGAUGGUUGUAGGCUUUUUUGUGGCAUGGCGGUGGUCUACGCCAUUUCCGCUUCUCCUGCAGUCUCUCAACAAUCCCUCCACACUCUGUCGGGCGCCUCUCACUCAAGUGCACCUCCUGCACCGCGCGGCGGAGGGAAGUCUGCAGCGGCCGUGGCAGGAGGACUCUGUGGUGCCGGAGUGGCUGCAGAAGAUCUGGCAGCAGAGCCAGCCAGAGGAGGAAACCGUCUCCGGGGCCCCAAACACAAAAGGAAAAAGGCGAAAGUCUUGA